UAAGAGAUAGCUGACUGUCAAAAAUGGACACUGAAUUAGAAAAUAAAGGCCCCUGCUUGGGCGUACGACAUCUGCAGGCGGUGCUGCUCUUCUUGGCCACAGCUGUGAACUUUAUAGCACAAUUGAAUAUCAGCGUGGUCGUUGUGGCCAUGACAGAUGCAGCGACCGCCAAUCCAGAUUUUCCGGAAUACGACUGGUCGGAGGAACAAAAAUCCUAUAUACUGUCGAGUUUCUAUUGGGGCUACAUAGUGACUCAAUUUCCAGCAGGGUUACUGGUGCGUCGCUAUGGCGCUAAGCGUAUGCUCUUCAUACCCACCUUUGCGACGGCCUUGCUGAGCUGCCUCACACCCGUCUGCAUUAGCUGGGGCGGCUGGCUGGCGUUCAGUGUGCUGCGCCUGAUAAACGGAUUGUUUCAGGGUCUAAUGUUUCCCAGUGUUCACGAGCAUCUUGCCAAAUGGUCGCCGCCCAAGGAACGCAAUCGUUUGGGCGUCUUUGCUUAUUCGGGUAGCGAAUGCGGUUCUGCUAUAGCCAUGGCUCUUAGUGGCGUGAUUGCGGGUAGUUCGCUGGGCUGGCCGGGCAUAUCGUACGUCUCAGCCGGACUCUGUGGCAUUUGGUGCAUCCUUUGGCUAUGGCUCGCUGCGGAUAGUGCGCCGAGCUCACGUUUUAUUGGCGGCGAUGAGCGUGAUUACAUUGAGCGUUUGAUGGGACGCACCGACGGCUUCCACGACCAGAAGAUAGCGAUACCAUGGCGUGCGAUUUGGACCUCGGUGCCGUUCUACGCCCUGCUUGUUGUGCGCGGCGCCCAGGGCUGGGCAACCUCAAUAUUGCAGCUACAAACGCCGAGAUAUAUGCACGGCGUACUCGAGAUGGACAUCAAGAGCAACGCCCUGUUCACGGCUCUGCCCUUCCUGGUCAUUUGGUUCAUGUCGUAUGUAUAUUUGGCCUUUGCCGAUUUGAUCAUGGCCAGGAAGUGGAUGUCGCUGACCACGCUGCGCAAGUCCAUCAACACGAUAUCUUUUUGGGGACCAGCGGCCGCCCUGAUUGGCAUCGGUUUCCUUGACAAGAGCCAAACGAGCUUGGCCAUUGCUCUGAUGACAAUUAAUGCCGGCCUCAAUGCGGGCUCCGGCAUCGGAAACAUGUUAACCAUUAUCGACAUGUCGCCCAAUCAUUCCGGCAUGCUAUUGGCCAUCACCAAUUGCGCGAUCUGCAUCUCUCCGCUGCUGUCGCCGCUGCUGGUGGGCGUCAUUGUUACCGACCCGAGCUCGCGCGCUCAAUGGCAAAUUGUGUUCGCAUUAACGGCCAUUGUGUUCUUCAUUGGCAACCUGGUCUACAUUAUUUGGGGUACGACUGACCAGCAGCCGUGGGAUGCGGCUGACUUUCUCAAGCCGCGCGAUGCCGAGCAGCAACAAGAAAAACAAGCAGCCACUGGAGCAAUGGAAAGAAAAAUCGAAAAGCGAAAAGGAAAUCUAAGUAAAUAGAUGUAAGGCCAGAUUAGCUGUG